AUGUCGGUGUGGAACCAGUCACACACGUCCGCCCAGCAAGUGCGCGAGCGAGGAAAAGCAGUUUGGAAUCAUACGAAUAUCUAUGCGGGACUUCGCGAGCGUCCAGUACCCGACUCGCACGUUUCGCACUUGUAUGGGGACAUGACGCUUCGAGGAAUAGCGAGUGAUGAUGACUCACUGACCACUACGACGCUAGAAGUCGCAGGCGUGCACGUCAUGCGCUCCGGUCGCAUAUUUCUUGUUGGAACACCGAGCACGUCGCAUGACCCUUUGGAUAUUCGGCACGUUCUUGGCAUGAUACCUCAAGAGGAAGGCAUGUUUCUUCGGAAUGCAACAGGGCAAGCAUGCUUGGCUGAUAUUCGUGCUCGAAUCGAGCGCUUGGACUACGUGCUGGCCCACUGGGAUUCAAAGGCGCCCCCUGUUCUUCCAGAUCAACGGGAUCCGAGCAACUGUACGAUCCAGAUGUAUGCACAAAUGAUGCCUGCCGGUCCUGAGCAUGUGCAAACAGAACUUGACCUGUCAGAGAGGGAGCUGUCUCACCCAACGGGACUCGCAGUCGUGCACCGAGCUCCCCAAUUUCAACUGAACAUUAUUGGCGUUUCAUCACGCUGCGGCAUGUUUGUCGAGACAGACACGCUGCUAGGAAAGUCGCGCGCUCAGUUCUGGAGCGAUUCCCGCUACUAUGUCGCUGGGAUGAUUUGCGUUGUAUUUGUACAGCUUCUGCUCAUGUCGCGAGAAUGUGAGCGCAUUCAAACACACACGGCCAUUACUCGUGUGUCUGGUAUCUCAUUAUUCAUCCACGCAAACUUUGAUGCGUUCUUGUGCAUAACUCAUACUAUGCUAGCUUUCUCGUCCAACAAGUUCAACACCCCCUGGGAUGUUGACAAUUGGUUUCAUGAAAGGCAUCUUGUUUUUCGCGUUUGA